AUGAUGCCAAUGUCUAAUAUAUUUUGCUUAAUAUGCAAUAUAAAUGUUGAUAUUUCAUCUUCUGUAAAUAUAUUUUCUACAUCCUUUCCUCGUCACGGAGAAUUAUUAGUAAAUUUUGUAUCACGGGUACUUCGUGUAACUACUUCUGAAUUACAAGAUCCCUAUAUUUGUUCACAAUGUUAUAACUUAUUUCAAAUGUUAGAACAAGCUCAGAAAACUGUUUUAAACAUACGUUGUGAAAUUUUGAAAAUUUACCGUACUACUGAAAGAAGAAAAAAUAUUAAACAAUCAAUAAAUAGUGAUACAAAAUUGAACAUGAGUACAAAUAUGGCAUUGGAAGAAAAAAAGUUGAAUAAUAGUGAUGAAACCCUGAAACGGAUAUCAAGUUUACAAAGUACUCAAAUUGAUGAAAUAGUACAACAACAAUGUGUUCAAGAUAAUAUAGUUAGUCAAGAUAUAAGUAAUUCAAAUACAGACAGUGUCAUGAAUACAAAAAUUGUUGCAGACUCAAAGAAACAUUUAAAAAAGAAAAUAAUUGAUUAUAACAAAGCAGAGAAUAUAAAAUCAUUUAAUUAUGAUAAUACUUAUCAUGAUAUAAAAAAAGAUGAAAUUUUAAAAAAUGAUAUGAUUCAUAAUUCAAUAGUGUUAACUAAUGAUGAUAAUGUAUGUAGUAUUACUUCACAAGCAAGUGUGCAUGCAUUAAAACUACAUGUUGGAGAAAAAAAUGUGAUUUCUCUAGUAAAUUCUGAAAAGAGUGAAUCCAAAAACCCUCUCAGAACAGAUUCAAUAUUUUGUGACAGUAAAUUACAAGUACAAAAUAUUAAUUUUAAGUGGAAAGAGAUAGAAGAAAAUAUUAAAGAAAUAAAGGAAAAUGCUGACCAUAUAACAGCGACAACAAUUGAUCAAAUAAAAAUACCUAUAAAAUCAGGAGAAUUAUCAAAAUAUGAUUUAAAAGUAUUAAAAUAUUCUUGCCCUACUUGUGAUAAAAGAUGGAAAACAUCAGCUGAAUUAAAAACACAUAUAAAAACACAUUCAACGUUAAAACCAUACAUGUGUGAAAAGUGUGGUCAAGCAUAUAAACAUAAACAUGCAUUAGAAAUACAUGUUGGAAUGCAUAAUGGGAUAAAUCCAUUUCAGUGUAAUUUUUGUAAUAAGUGUUUUACACAAAAAGGUGCACUUAUGAGACAUUUACCAAUACACACUGGUGAAAUGCCUUACCAAUGUGAAUUGUGUGGUAAAAGGUUCAUACAUCAUACAUCAUACAAUAUGCACAGAUUAUCACACAGUGGAAAGAAAUCUUAUAAAUGUCAAAUGUGUGAUUUAUCUUUGUUUUCAACAUCUCAUUUGAAAAGGCACAUGCGAGUUCAUACAGGUGAAAAACCAUAUAGUUGUACAACAUGUGGAAAACGUUUUGCAGAACGAUAUAAUUUGCUUGCUCAUCAAAAAAUUCAUGAUCCAUUUGAAAAUAAAACAAAACAGAUUAAAGAAACACAGCAUCAAUGUAAUUAUUGUAAUUUGAUAUUUGAACAGAAACAAAGUUUAAAUGAUCAUAUGAAAUAUCAUUCUGAUAUAAAUGAAUUUGAUCUUAAACGAUCACAGUGUACAGUUCUUCAAGUAGAACCAGAAGUUCAUGAAGUAUCAAAGAAUAUAGAUUCUGAACAUAGUGUACUACAAGAAACAUGGAUUCAAAUGAAUCGUUCUAAACUAGAUAUUAUUGAUAAUCAAGCGAGAUUUGUACUUUUACAAAAUCCUUUACCUCAAAUUGAUGAAAAUUCUUUUGCAGUUACAUUUAGUGACCAAAAGGUAUCCUUGGGAAGUACAAACUAUAAUACAAAUUUACAAGUAAUCAUAGAACCAUCAAAUACAACACAUUUAAGCAAUAAUCUUCCUCCUAUUGACAAAAUGCACAUGUGA